AUGAGUAACAUCGUAGUGUUUGGUGGUGAUUCCCACCCUGAUUUGGUUUCGAAGAUUUGCGACAACCUAAAUAUCAAGGCCUCAGAGGUUCAUUUAGGUAAAUUCUCUAAUGGUGAGACAAGUAUCAGUAUCAAUGAGUCUGUACGUGAAAAGGAUGUUUAUGUGAUUCAAAGUGGGUGUGGUCAAGUCAAUGAUGCAUUCAUGCAAUUAUUGAUCUUGAUUAGUGCUUGUAAGAGUGCAUCUGCAUCUCGUGUCACUGCUGUGAUGCCAUAUUUCUGUUACUCUAGACAACCAGAUAUUCCAUACACAGCAAAGGGUGCUCCAGUGAUCCAUAGACCUCAAAAGGAAGGUGAAGCCAAAUUGACUACUAGAAGACCAGGUGCCGAUUCUUCUUUCAAAAGUUUGAACAGUGUCAUUAGAUCUACGAUUAAUCUUGAGAGUCCUCAACCAGUUCGUGCACCUGAACUAACAUCUUCAAAGUCAUUCUCUAGAAUCCCAAUGAUUCCAGGUUCAAAAUUACAAAACAGUCAUACUAACGGUGAUGCUGAAGAUUUGUUUAAUGCACAAAACGCAGGUUAUAAACUAUGGGUAGUACAAGCUGGUACUUUGAUUGCCAAUCUAUUGACCGAGGCAGGUGCAGAUCAUGUUAUUACCAUGGAUCUUCAUGAUCGUCAAUAUCCUGGGUUUUUUGAUAUUCCUGUGGAUAAUUUAUAUUGUAAGCCAUUAGCACAGAAUUAUAUUCAACAUAAUAUUCCAAAUUAUGAAGAUGCUGUGAUUGUUUCUCCAGAUGCAGGUGGUGCAAAACGUGCCACUGCAAUUGCAGAUGCUUUAGAAUUAUCAUUUGCUUUAAUUCAUAAAGAACGUAGAUCGCAAUUAUUGAAAGGUCCACCUGAUGCUACAUUAACCAGUGGUGGUACAUUACCUGUCUCCAACAGACCAUUAGUGUCACAACCGAUUACUAAUUUAAGACGUAGUUCAAGCAGUUCAUCUGUUAGUUCUAUUAAUUCAGAAUCCUCCAAAUUUGUGCAAACUACUAUGUUAGUCGGGGAUGUUCGUAAUAAAGUAUGUAUAGUGGUUGAUGAUUUAGUGGAUACUUCGUAUACUAUUACAAGAGCUGCUAGAUUAUUAAAGGAACAAGGUGCCACUAAAGUGUAUGCUUUGAUUACACAUGGGUUAUUUAGUGGUGAUGCAUUAGAACGUAUUGCUGCAUCAGAGAUCGAUCAAUUAGUUGUUGCAAAUACUGUUCCACAACAACAAACUGUUGAGCAUCUAGGUAAUGAUCGUGUAGAUAUCAUAGAUGUAUCUCGUGUAUUCGGAGAAGCCAUUCGUCGUAUUCAUAAUGGGGAAUCCAUUUCUAUGUUAUUCGAACAUGGAUAUUGA